CUUGAAUUAACGAUAGGUAAUAUGAUCAGUAAUUAGAUUAUUGUGGUAUUCGUGUUCAAAUAGAAUGGUACCAGCGGAUGUGUCACAAUGUGGUGCCACGCGGAAACGUGUUGUCGCAUGUGAUAAUGAUAAAUUGAAUGAUGAAGAAUAUAUUUUGAAGAGGAAGCGAAAUAACGAUGCUGUAAACAGAACUCGUCAAAAGAAACGACUAGAGGAAACAGAUACAAUGCUACGUGUGGAACAUUUAAGAAAGGAGAAUGUUGAACUGGAGAAAAAGGUUGAAGGACUUCAGAAAGAAUUGUCAUUUCUAAAGGAAAUGUUUGUUGCUUAUGCAACCGGUAGCAGGGCAAAGUCGAGUGCGAAUGAGGGAAAGAAUGAAACAAGAAUGAGUAGCGAGGAACCGGGGUGUAGCCACAGCACAUAGCUUCUGAUUACGUUGGAUAUAAUUUAAUUAAUAACUGGUUGGGAUACCGGAAUAUCUGCGUAUUUCACUGUAACACAUCCUUGAUGGCUAUGCAGUUGCUUGCCGAACAAGGAGUGCUUUGAUAAUGAGGUGCGGCGUCGGUUGUAGAUGGUGUGAAAAUUCCUAUUUCUAAAGAGCCGAAAUUUGCUAAAUCCGUUGAAACUAUCGUAUUAACUAG